AUGGAGCUUAUCACACCUGACCUCAAAGAUUCAUUUGAUCAUAAGCUCGCUUCACCAUGCCGACCUACUGUUCAACUUAUAAUUAAGACAUCUGAAAAUAACCAAGUACUAAACUUAAAUGAAAUUACGGAUUCUGAAUGUGAGGAUUCCAUCUGGAUUGCUAGACAACGCAGGACAAAUACAUCAAAGUCAAUACUCUCAAGAGUUCGCACCAAGUCUUCUGUUUCAAGACUGUUUUUGGCUAAAUGUCUUCUAAACGCUCGCCCAUCCAACUCUGCAGCUGUAAGCUCAAUUUUCUGUGGCCUUCAUAAUCCAUCCAACAAUAAUGAGUUAGAUUUAAAGCGAAAAAAUCUAGAUACGUCGUUCGUGACAGAUGAAAUCCCUUAUAUGCCAUCUGUCUCUUUGAAUGAAAUUAACAGCAUUAAAGUUCCUGUUUCCAGACCUUUCAACCAGACUAUAACACAAAAACUGUCUGACCUUUCGCAAAAGCGGAACGGUCAAGUUACUUCUUCUGGCCUUAUGAGUGUAACUGGAUCAUUCGUCCAAGAUUCUUUUCAUAGGAUUCUACGAUUGCCCGAUGCUGCUUGUCGGUUCAAUCUUGCAAACAAAAAAGAUUUCAAACGGAAGAGCGUGGAAACGUCGCUUCGAUAG